AUGUUUGCAAUUGGAAUGAAAAGCAGGGCUGGUAGUUUGACUGGUCGUUUGCCUGGUCGUUUGACCGGUCGUUUGCCUGGUCGUUUGACCGGUCGUUUGACUGGUCGCCUGACUGGCCGACUGUCCUUAAGACAAGCAUCCACGGAGGCAUUGAUUCCUAAGAAGAUUAACAAACAUCCAUAUUAUCACUUCUUCAAGUUCACUUUCAAGUUUGGCUUUUAUACAUGGAUAGCCUACACUGCUGGAUCCAUUGUGGCAUUAAACAAUGAUGAUGCACAGGAUUAUUGGGUGGAGUAUGUACCUGGAGGAGAGCCUUAUAUGAACCAUGUCUAUAUAUAUUGGUUAAAUAGAGGUGAUAUUGCCAGCUCAAUUGGUAAUCAGGUGAUUGAUUUAGCUCAUAAAAUUGGGUUAGAUCAAUAUAUGAAGCUUCCUUCUAAGCAGGAGGUUGGGGAAUGGCCUGUUGCUCAUCCUCCUCUUCCCAAAGUUGCAGAUGGCAGUGUUAUAAUGCCUAAACCAAAUUUUGAGAGUUCAGGAAAGGGCAAAGUUCCAAGUUUGCAGUCUAAGAAGGUAGUAGAGGCCCAAAGUUCGUAUGCUGAAGCAGCUUCAGAUGCCAAGCAAGCCUUAGAAGACGCUCAAAAGACGUUCGACGCAAAGAAAGCAGAGUUAGUGAGUGCUUUGAAAGCAAAAGAAGCCGAAUUAAAGGGUUUUAUCGAUACAAGAAAGAACCCCAAAUUGUCAGGUUACAAUUUGAAACAGAUCGAAUUGAAAUCAAAAGAUUCUAUGGUUAAUUCUGUAGUGAAGUCGAUUAACUCAUUGAUUGGUUCCAUAGACAAGAAUGUUUCAUCAGAAGAUGCCCAGAAGCAGAUUGAUUCCAUAAAUGCAGAUGUUGUUGCACUUUCCAAUAGGUACAGCAAAUUGGUUGACGAUAAGACUGAAGAAUAUAAGUCCAAAGUAGAUGAAGCUAAGGUUCAGUUGGAGAAGAAAUAUGGACAGAAAUAUAAUGAAGAGUCAAAGAAACUUACUGAGGAGCUUACUGAAGUUUUGGAAAGUACCAAGAAAGAGAUGAAUGAGAAGUAUGAACAGAAAUUAAAGCUGGAUGUUGGCGAAACUGCCAAGACUAUCAUGCAAGAAGCGGACAAUAUCAUUCGUCUAGUAAAGGCACAUUCUGUCGAUGAACUCAGUAAGAUUGUAUCACAGAAAGUUGAAGAAGAACGCAAUGGUAAGUUGAGAAGGUUAGAAUCGUUGGCAAGUCGAGUGGAAUCGAUUGAAGCAGAAGAGAUCGAACUAUCAAAGACAGCAGAAGCUAUGCUCAACUACAAGAUGAUCAACACUUCGAUCGCUACAGUUAGACAGAUAUUAAAUUCGGCGGAGUCUUCAAGUAACUGUGGUCGGGCACUCGUUAAAGAAUUGGACCAUUUGAAGCAACUAACAGUUCCAUUGCAUAGCGAGGUAAUUGAUUCAGCAUUGAAAUCUCUUCCGAGUGAUGAGACGCUUAUAAGUACGGGAGGAGUUUUAACACAAUCGCAAUUGAUCUCACGUUGGGAAUUGCUUACACCAGAGCUUAGGAAAGUAUCAUUACUACCACCAAAUGCAGGUGUAAUGGGAUACAUCUCUUCGUUUUUGUUUUCAAAGUUGUUGCUUCCGAAGUCAGGAGUUCCUGUGAAGAGCAAUGACAAGAUCUUGGGUACAGAUGUUGAAUCUGUAAUUGCUCGUGUGAAUAACUACUUGGUGAAGAAUGAGUUGGACAAUGCUGUGGAAGAAGUGACCAACUUGAAAGGAUUGUCGAGGAAGUUGGCCGAUGAUUGGUUGAAAGAGGGAAGAAAGAAGCUUGAGCUUCAGUUCCUACUGGAGGUUGUCGACACUGAAAUGCAGAUCGUCGCUUAA